GCUGAUACAAUACAGUAAAUUGAGUUUAUUCCUCGAUAAACAGCCUGAAAGGCUGAGCGGAUUGAACCGACGAUAAUGGGUCAAGUUAUCUGUGGCCAAGCAAGCAUAUUAGCCCGGAACUUACGCCUUGUCGACCGAUUAAUGGUCAACGGAACUUUCACGAACACAAGUGUUAAAGCUGGCCACGCGAUUCUGAUCUACAAAUCGUGAUGGUCUAGCUAAUGCAUUUCCUAUCGCCAAUAGCAAGCGUGCGAAGUUCCACCUGAGGCUACGUCGCGGCCAUAGGUGGGAGGAAACACAAAAAAACUAAUCCAAGAUAUGGCUACUGGAUUAUCGCCGAGUGGGGUAUAUCAGGUCCUACGGGGGGGCUAAUCAGCUGAUAGGCAAAAAUGUAUAAAAACAGGAUCACCAGCUACUGGUCAGGUGAUUGAUUGGUUGGUAGAGCAACCAUAUUCGAGCUGCUCAGUAUUCGCCUAGUGUGAUCUAGUGUCUAGUGAGUGCACAAUGAAGUUGGUAUUCGUGGCAGUUCUUGUGGCCCUAGUAGGCACGCUAGGACACGGUGCACAAGGUGAUAAUGGCAGUGGUCCGCGGUUGCUGCGUGAAGCUUGGUUUGAAACGCGUGUCGAUCACUUUAAUCCCCGGAAUCAGGAUACGUUCGACAUGCGGUACUACAUUAACGAUGAGUUUGCCUACGCACGCGGACCAAUGCUAAUCGUGGUCGGUGGAACACAGGCUAUCCAGACGCGCUAUCUUACUGAGGGACUGUUCCACGAUAUCGCCUACCUGGAGGGUGCUUAUUUGUUCGCCAACGAGCUGCGCUACUUCGGCUACAGUCAUCCCGUUGAGGAUGCUUCAACGGAAAAUAUGGAUUUCCUCAAUGCCGACCAAGCGAUGGCUGAUCUGGCCGAGUGGAUUACCUACCUCAAGCAGACGUUUGUGCGCAAUCCGAAUGCUAAGGUGAUACUGAUGGGUACCGGAUACGGUGGUGCCCUGGCAACCUGGUUCCGUCAGAAGUACCCACAUUUGGCGGACGGAGUUUGGGUAUCCAGCGGCGCAAUUGAAGCCAAUUUCGCUUUCUCGGGCUACAAUGAGGCGCUUGGUGAGAGCAUCCGUGAGUACGGUAGCGAUGCCUGCUAUAGCACGAUCUGGACGGGUUUCCGUGUGGCACAGAAUAUGGUCAGCCUUGGCUUUAGUGAUCUGCUCUCGGAAGAGUUCCAUCUCUGCGAUCCACUCGAUACGGACUCGGAACUGGAUGCGACCGCGUUCUUGCUCGGUCUGCGCGAUGACAUCGAGUUCGAGAUGCUGCAUCGGCGUAACACAAAUUCGAUCAAGGAGAUGUGUGCCGAAUUAGAGGAGGAACGGGACAGCAGCUUGAAUGCACUGAUCGAUUGGUUCGCCCGGGAGCAUCAGUACGAGCAGUGUGUUCACCUGAACUUCGAUCGCUACAUGGAAAGGUUCGUCGAGACAAACUUCAAUACCGCCAAUCUGCAGGCUGGCCAUCGCCAGCGGCUCUAUCUGCAGUGCACGGAGGAGGGCUUCUUCCCGACCACGGCCCAUUCCGAGGAUCAACCGUUUGGCAACCAGAUCGGAACAUCGUUCUUCGUAGCAGUUUGUCAGCGCGCCUUCGGUGAGUGGGUGACCGAGGAUGUCAUUUUGCGGCAGAUUCGCUCGACGAAUGCACGGUUUGGCGGGCUGCAGCCUGCCAUCGAGCGGGCACAUUUUACCAACGGUGGAGUUGAUCCGUACCGUGCAGGUAGCCUGCUGAACGAUCUAAACCCGAAAGCACCGGCCACCCUCAUUCCGCACACGUUCGUGUCGCCCGAUUUGGAGUCGAUUGACUACGAGUAUGAUACGGAGGAGUUGAUCGCGGCCAAGGAACGCACCAGAAACCUUAUUGAUACCUGGAUUUUUGAGGACUUUGAACCGAUUAUUCACGAAGUGUAG